GCAUGUUGCAGCCCCCGUGCCCCGCUGCCUCGUGGGAGCGGCUUUGUUGCGGGGGCUCUGGCCACCUGUGUGCCACACUCCCCUCCCUAUAUUGUCUGCGCUUUCCCGAGUUUCGAGAAGGAAAGAAACCAUGCUGUUUUGGCACACUCAGCCGGAGCACUACAACCAGCACAACUCCGGCAGCUACCUGCGUGAUGUCCUUGCACUGCCAAUCUUUAAGCAGGAGGAACCUCAGCUGUCCCCUGAGAAUGAAGCCAAACUGCCCCCAUUUCAGUAUGUGCUCUGUGCAGCCACAUCACCAGCUGUGAAGCUUCAUGAAGAAACUCUGACCUACCUAAACCAAGGUCAGUCUUAUGAAAUCCGACUUCUGGAGAAUCGGAAGCUGGGAGAUUUUCAGGAUCUCAACACAAAAUAUGUGAAGAGUAUCAUCCGUGUGGUUUUCCAUGACCGACGGCUCCAGUACACAGAGCAUCAGCAGCUGGAGGGCUGGAGAUGGAGCCGACCUGGGGAUCGAAUCCUGGAUAUUGAUAUCCCUCUCUCUGUUGGCAUCUUGGACCCCAGGGCUAGCCCAACCCAAUUAAAUGCAGUUGAAUUUCUGUGGGAUCCUUCAAAAAGAGCUUCAGCAUUCAUUCAGGUACAUUGCAUCAGCACAGAAUUCACACCCAGGAAGCACGGAGGAGAAAAGGGAGUUCCUUUUCGGGUACAAAUUGAUACCUUUAAACAGAAUGAGAAUGGGGAGUACACGGAACACCUGCAUUCAGCCAGUUGCCAGAUCAAAGUGUUCAAGCCAAAAGGAGCAGAUCGGAAACAGAAAACAGACCGGGAGAAAAUGGAGAAGAGAACUGCUCAGGAGAAGGAAAAGUACCAGCCAUCUUAUGAAACUACAAUCCUCACAGAGUGUUCUCCAUGGCCAGAUAUUCCUUACCAAGUAAACAAUGUCCCAUCACCGAGUUACAACAGCUCUCCAAACAGCUUCAGCCUGGGAGAUGGCAACAGUUCUCCAACUCACCAAGUGGAGCCUCUGCCUAUCAGCAAUGAUCACCUCCUUCCUUCCGCUUCUAUUCAAGAUGCCCAGCAGUGGCUUUACCGCAAUAGGUUUUCUCCGUUCUGUAGACUCUUCUCAAGUUUCUCUGGUGCUGACUUACUAAAAAUGUCCAAAGAAGAUUUUGUUCAAAUCUGUGGCCCUGCUGAUGGAAUCCGGCUCUUCAAUGCCAUCAAAGGCAGAAAUGUAAGGCCAAAGAUGACCAUCUAUGUGUGCCAGGAAUUGGAGCAGAACAGGUCUCAUCUUCAGCAGAAGAGAGAAGGUGGAGACAGCAAUUUGUGUGUGUACCAUGCUAUCUUUUUGGAGGAGCUGACCACGUUGGAGCUAAUUGAGAAAAUUGCAAACCUCUACAGCAUUUCCCCUCAGCAUAUUAACAGAGUCUACCGGCAGGGACCAACAGGGAUCCAUGUGGUGGUGAGCAAUGAGAUGGUGCAGAAUUUCCAAGAUGAAUCUUGUUUUGUUAUCAGCACAUUAAAAGCUGAAAGCAAUGACGGCUACCACAUCAUCUUGAAAUGCGGACUCUGAAUGCCAGGAUCCUUAGCCACAUCAGACUCCAAGGCACCCCUUUCUUUUUCCCUUCUCCCCUCGAUGUAGACAUCACCCCAGCUGCAAAAUACAGAGACUCGUUUGGAAAAAAUCAAGCAAAAGCUCAAAGGGGACCACCACAACUACAGAAAACAGUGAUGAUGACAACUUGGCAGAGACAGAAGAAAGGACAUUGUCCAGAAAAUGUGCUCCUCUCCCUUCCCUCACUUCUCUGUCCUCCAGCCUUUUUAAGCAUUCCCAUCUUUGUUCAUUGGCCCUGUCAUUCUAGAAUGAAAACAAACAAACAACAAACAACAGCACUCAUUUUUUCUCUGAAACUAGCUCCUGGGGAGGAGCUUGGGUUUUAAUUUUUUCCCCUUUGGAUUUCUUGGCUUCCCUGUCUCCCAGUCCUGUUUCACAUCAGUGCCUUCUUGUUGGCUAAGUGGAUAGAAUGGCUAAACUGCUGGAUACUGGUGACUUGACCUGCUGAGUCCUUUUCAAGACUCCUAGAAAUACUUUCCCUUUUCACUUUUUGGGGGGAAUUCCUCUGCCUUUCGGGUCCUCUGGGAUUUAAUGAUGUAACCGAUAUGGGUUCAUUUGGUGUUGCUAUCCUGUUUCUGUUUACUGUCCCUCCUUCCUUCCCUCCCCAUCCCUGUUUCAAAAUGAUUUUGUACAUUUUUAAAGUAUGGUACAUCCUUUCCCAGGGUAUGCUUUGUUGCAGUUGCAUCUUCACUCUGAUAUUUGUGAAUGCCCCACUGUGUGUGUAUUAUCCACUAUGCUCCUUGUAAAGAUUUCAGGGCCCCCAGGGGUGAGGUUGAACCAUUUUCUAAAGAUUGCACAGCUAAAGAAAGUAGAUGUUGACGUUCACAAAGGAUAAUUGAAAUGGGGAUCAAAGCAUAGGCCACAGCCUAACCCUGUGGUUUAUAUGCUUUUAAUUUCCUUUUCUUUUAAGUAUUUGUGAGAUUGGUGAUGAUGGGGAAAGGAAAGAGCCCUUGAAUUUCUAGUUAACCCUGAAACAGUUUUGACAGGCAUGGCACCAAAGUUCUUGGGUUUACAUAUAAAAUUUAACUGGGAAUCGACUUUUGUGAAUAUUAUUGACUCUAGUAGGUUUGGUAAGAUCCAUUUUUUUCCAUGUGCUACCUGUCACGGUUCUGACUUGUCUCAUCUGCAAGGAAGAAUUUGAAGCAAUCCUGAUGGAAGGCAUGAAGGGACUAGAUUUUUAAGGUCCUUUCUAAUCCUUAGACCGUCAGUGAAAUAAUGCAUGGGGCCCAAGUUUACCUCAUGAAAAUUCUAGCUCUUAGAUCUGAGGUGGUUGGCAAUUUGAAUUGGGGUUUGGCAGAGUGGGAUUGGAUUCGACUUUUGUUUGUGAAUGCUUUCUAGGACCCAGGGAGCCAGAUUGUCUCAGGGCCUAAACUGUCUGGUUGUAAAGGGAAUAAAUACCUUUGGGAUGCCUUAUGUGAAACCACAGUACCUGCUAUGCUGGUGGCUUGAGUUGGUGGUUGCUUUUGAGUUUGUUCUUUUUUCUUUCAUUCAGAUCACUUUUGAUUCCAUGUUCUUCAUGACUUAUAAAGUCAAGCCAUACCUGAUUGUGCCCUAUGUUGUCCCUGUAUCCUUUCUUCUUCUGUAGCUUAUCUGAAUAGAAUAUAUCAUUUUGUGGUGCUUUCAAAAUUUUUUGGGGGGGGAUUUUCACAUCAUUAAUUCAUCUGAUUGUCACUAAAGAUGCUUUGAAGUAGACUGAGGGCAGCUGUAUUCCUCCCAUUUGACAACUAGGAAAACUGAGACACAGAUGAAUUGUCUAAGGUCAUUCAGUUAGUGGCAGAAGUGAGAUUAGAACUGCAGCCUUCUGAUUCCUGAACUGUGGCUCUUUUCAGUAGACCAUCCAGUCAGUCAGCAUUUAUUAACUACCUAUUAUGUCAGAGACUUUGCUAGGCAUUGGGCAUUCAAAUACAAAAUGAAACAAUUUCUACUCUUCAGGAGUGUAACAAGACACUUUACUCAAGGAGAAAUAAAGGGUUGUUGUCCACGUGGGAAAUCUGUGCCAAGCUGAGUGUCUCCUCACACCUACCCAUAUAUAUUUUCAGGUGGGUCAAGAUAUAAUAAUAAAAUUUAACUAUAAAAGGGUUUCAUCUAAUUCUGUUUAGGUUCAAAGCAUUAAAGUCCGGAACUCAUCUUCCUCUCUCCUAAAGCUGGCCACUAAGCAGAACAAUCUAGAAAACUAACAAUGGGAGCACAAGGCCCUUCCCUUCUAAAGGCAUCACAUCUGUCACUCAUUCAUGAUGCUUUGCAUUUAAAGAGCUCCUGGGUCCUUAUAAUUGAAGAAAAUAUUCAGAAGUGGAAAAAUAAUGCCAACUGAGACUAUGUCCACACCUCUCCUUACUGAGUUUUUUGUUGUCGUUCAGUCAUUUUCAGUCAUGUCCAAUUCUGUGCUCAGAUGAGUAGUUCUGACUCUUGUUCCCCAUGAUGUUUAUGCACCAGACAUAUAGGUGCCUGCUUGCGAGAUCUGCCUCAAUUUUAUCCUAUCUUGCCCUUCAGAGGGUUUUUUUUCCUCCUUUAGGACUUGCACCUUGAAUAGCAAAGUGACUUGGAUCCUUGAAUAAAGGUAGCUGUAACUUUGGUAAGGUCAGGAGUCAGUGGGUGGGCUGGAAUUGGAGCCCCCUCCCUCACCACAGAGAACGUGUUCCCUUUGGUGACCCCUUCCUUAUUCUGCCUUAGGGGUUCUGGUGAAGAGUUAUUAACCUGCUGUGAGCUCUCACCCAUUCUGCUCACAAAUCUCCCAAGUCAAGGGUUGCUUCAGGGGAGGGCCUGAAUAACUAAAUGUCAGAAAAUCAUUAACAGGUUAGAGUUGCCAAAAAGAGUAAAAAAAAGUGUUUUUUUCUUCUAUUGACGUAGUCAGUGGUGCAGAGGGAAAUAGCCCCCAGGUUAUAGAAAAGGAAGAAAAGCAUACAGGGAAUAAAAAGUAAGAGGCAGGUAGAUGGAUGCCUCAGCAAUAACAAGGUAACAUCACAUCUCUUCUUUCCUUGGUUAAAUAGAUAGUGUGUCUCUAUAUACAUAUAUCUACAGGCAUAUUGGGGCUAAUGCCCAUUGUUCAGCUAACCUUAACUUUAGCCAUUAAGACUUGGCUAAUAUGAAAGUUUUGGAAAACCAGCCCACCUUUGCUGCCUGGUCUUCAGUAAAUUAACAUGGGACAGCCUUAAAGAAAAAACAAAACAAAACAACAACCCAGAACAAAACACCUCAUGGUAUAAAAGAAUUAGCAAGCCCCCUGUUUGCCUUUCAGAAACUUGACAUUAUUUAGGCAUCGGAUGGGGUUUGGACUUUAGAUAUUAUUAGCCAUUAGAUAUUAUUAGCUUAAAAUAUAUGCAUACCUACUGGAGUAUUUAUACAUGCCAGGCCUGAUUUUUCCAAGAAGCCUGGCCUCUGUGUUACUGUUAACCAGGUCAGCUAGGGUUUU